AUGAUCAGAUUUUCAACUAAAUUAUUAAGAUGUUCAAGCAUCAUCAAUAAACCAACCACCACCAUCAAUUUACAAAGAUCAUUUUUAUCAACUACUAAAUUAAAUAUUACACCAAAAAAUCAAUUUUCAAUUCAAAAACGUAAUUAUGCCUCAAAUAAUGAUGAAGAUGAACCAUGGUUAUUAGAAAAAUUAGAUCCAACCCAACUCAGAGAAGAUCACCCAGGUUAUCCAUUCUCAAAUUUAAUUGACCCAAACCUCCCACAAUUCACUCUUGAAGAAGUUGCCAAACACAACACCAGAGAUGACUGUUGGUUAAUUAUCAAUGAAAAAGUUUAUAAUGUUACUUCAUAUGUUUCAAGUCAUCCAGGUGGUGAUAUGAUUUUACAAAAUGCAGGCGGUGAAUCAACCACAUUAUUCACUCUCGCACCAAUGACUAAAUAUGCACAUAUCAUUAUGAAGGAUUUCCAUAUUGGUUAUUGUAAACAUGAAAGAAGAUUUGAUGGUUUCACCCCAAGACAACACGAAGAACACCAUUAA